AUGUUUAGCCUUUUUACAUCGCAUAUCGCCAACUUUGCGCACCGCGCGACCGUCACCGCCUCCGUGGGCCUCAGUGUCUGGGGGCUCUGGCUGACCGCGGCCGUGUGGAAGAGCCGAAGGGACGAGCGUGCGAUCCAAUCUGUCGCGAUCAAUGCUGCAGGCUCGCACGACGAACACCUGUCACCAUCAACAUCAGCCAUCGCAGCAGCUGCAGCACCCACGUGGGCCCAAGAAGACAGCUCAAAGGUCAGCCCGCCGCCGCGCUAUCCUUCGUGAAAUGGCAGAGCAACGCUUCCUACUUGGAACCGAACCUUUGCUGUAGGUCUCCCACCGGUCCGCUCUACCCAGCCCCACCCUUCUCGCUUGCCUCGCUGAUGACCCGUGCUUGUAGCACAGCAUGUAACCUCAUCGCUUCACACCGCACCACUCUUUUCAUUCUUUUUACGAAGCAAGCCAAUUUUU